AAACAAACAUCUUCUUAGUUUCCUUCAUUUUUGAUUCUUAGUUUCUUCGUUUGAUGCUUUUUUUUUCCUCUUGGAGUACUCUGAGGAUUUUGUAGGUAAAUUUCAAAGGAAUUUUGUUUAUGUAUUCUUAAAUCUUUUCUUAUUAGGAUUAUCAAUUUGUUCUUUUUGAUAUAUAGAAGAAUCUGCAGAAAGAUAAACCUACAAUUUUCUGAGAUGAAUUCUUGUUUCUCUCUGAACAAUAUUUUGGAGUCUUGACUAUAUACACAAUUUUUUUUAUCUAUCAUUUUGUUUCCUCAAUAUUUACUGCCACCACUUUCUUAUUUUCUGGGAAAAGUGAGUUUUCAAAACCUAUCAUUUUGUUCUUCUGUACUCCCAUUUUUCUUAUUUAAAAAAGAAAUCAUAAACCUAAAAAGAGAUCUAUGCAACUCACAAUGUCAAGCUCCAAGAUGAAAAGCCUCUUGAAAGGGCUCCGAUACAUUUCUCAAGUAUUUGAAAGUGAAAAAGAAGAAGAAAUACAAAUCGGAAAUCCAACGGACGUAAAACAUGUUGCCCAUAUCGGUUGGGAUGGACCAUCCGCUAAUGCCACCGCACCAAGCUGGAUGACUGAGUUCAACUCCGGCGGGGGAUUCGAAUCUGCUGAAGGAGUCGGAGAAGAUGAUUCCUCCAUAAAAUGUAUGUCGGAAUAUGGUGGUCGGUCUAGAGAUUUGCCAAACCUACCAAAAUCUACGAGGAAAGCAGCGUCCGAGAAAGGUUCUCCGACAAAAGACAAAUCAUCAGACAAAACUAAACGUCGCUCUUCUAACAAAGGGACAUCGUCAUCGUCGAGGAGACCAAAGGAAGCCACUGAAGAACAAGACGAGUUGUCUUCUUGGCCUAGUGGAUUACCGGAAAUUCCAAAGAAAUCUAGGAGGAAGAAGAAGUCGACGAAAGAAACCGCGGUUAAUGGAGGGUCAUCAAGAUCGACAAGAAGAUCUGAUGUCGAUAACAUGUCGGAAUAUAUGUCUGAGACUGGUUCUGUGAGAUCUAUGCCUCAAUUCGACAAUAGAGAUGAUUUUUGAAAGGAGAGACGACAUAUAUAGAGACUUUGCUGCUAGCUCCAAAUGGCUAAUUUUCAUUGAACACAACACACCAAUUGUUAGAUUUUCUUGUUCAUUCUUGUACUAUUAUUAACUAUGCAAGGAGAAUUUAGACAAAUAUUUUUCGGUGCUAUCAUCCAAAUCACUUGAACAUAGAUCAUCAUUGACGUCGAUCAUAAAUAUAAAAGAGCAUUCUUACAGAACAAAUCAACAGCAUCUUUCACUUUACUAGAAA